AUGGGAGCAACACUCACAAUGCUACUCAGCCUUGCAAUAGUACUAGGCCUAGUCUUGCUUCUACUAGCCCAGCUCUACUGCUCUCUCUUGCUCCGCCGCCGACACCUCCGGAAACCCACCACCACCGCCACCACCGCCUCCGCCGCGCAACUCGCCAACCAUCCCACCGCCCCAACUCUCAGCACCUUCUACGCACAGGGCGUCCUCCACGCCCCAAGAAACUUCCUCUUCCCUGCAGUGUUUAAUAACCUGGAUUUAGAAACCCAGAAUUCUGAGCUCCCCAAGAAACCCCACGAAGUGGGUCUUAUGUUUUCCUCCACGCCGCCGCCGUGCUCUCCCGCCGCCUUUAUACCAAUGGCGUCGCCUAAGCUAGUCCACGGCGGCGAAGACGGCGGCGCUACCGUGAGAGAAGAUUGUGUGUACAUAUGCAAUCCGAUUUAUGACUUGGAAGCCAACAUGCCGUGCGGGGCGGUGGUGGACACCCCGUUUGAGACGCCGGAUUCGUCGCCGUCACGGUUAAGCGGCUCCGAUGGCGGCCAAUCUGCGUGUUGUAGCCCCGCGUCUUCGGUGGCGUUAACGCCGAUGAAAGAACUGCCGGCCAAGGCGUGCUCGGUUUCGCUGAAGGAUGCUAGUUCACUUGGGACUUCUAGGAGUGACUCCAUUAGUAACAAUGACGCUGUUUCGUCUUCUUCUUCUUGUUCCCCUUCCACUUCUUCAUGGUGA